UUUACAAACCGUGCCAUUGUCGAUGAGCUCGAAACGCAAAUGGAAACCGAAACUGCACCCGAUAACACCGAACCCGUCAAAGGGGGAGACUAUGUUCUAGAAUCGAAGCUGGGAGAGGGUUCGUUCUCCACAGUGUGGAAGGCCGAGCACAGGUUGAGCGGCCAAGUGGUGGCGUUGAAGCAGGUCUACCUGUCCAGGCUGAACCGCCACCUCAGGAGCUGCUUGGACUGUGAGCUCAACUUCUUGUCCUCUGUAAACCACCCCAACAUCGUCCGCCUUUUCGAAUUUUUCCAGGCUGAAGGUAGUAUUUUCCUUGUCCUGGAAUUUUGUGCUGGCGGAAAUCUUGCUUCAUUUAUUCGACUCCAUGGGAGAGUUCAAGAACAGAUAGCCAGAGGAUUUAUGCAGCAGCUCGGAGCUGCUCUGGAAGUACUGAAUUCUCACCACAUCAUUCACAGGGACUUGAAACCAGAGUUUUGCCUAGGUGGCUACUUCAAUGACGCCGGACAGGCGUAGUAUUCACUUGUUAGCCUGUUGGUGGUGAUGUGGAUAAGCUAGUGGACGAGACAGAAAUAUAAUCGUCAAGAGACUUUGGAUGAAGAUGGUAUCGCCCUCUUCUUGUCCUGGAUCGAUCAUCUCCAUUUGGAGAAAAAUCAUU